AUGGAUGAUCUGGCAGCAAGGAACCUCUUACUGGAGCAAGCACCCUCAGUUCGCGAGUCGGCAGUGAAACAAGAAGCCUCACGUCUGGAAGGCAUUGUUCAGACGUCAAAAAGUCAUGAAACGGCUUUGGAGAAGCAGCAGGACGAAUUCAUGGUCCGCAAGUCGAAAUGUGAGGAAACAUGGUCGGCUAAAGACGAGUCUCUUUCCAAGAGGGAGGAAGCCGUCCGGUCCCAAGAGGAGAAACUAGCGUUGGAUUUAUCAAACUUUGAACAUACAAAAUUGAGAAGGGAAAACGAGCUUAAGCUGCGCGAAGCUGAUGUAGUUCAGAAGGAAGCGGAACUGCGAUCUCGGAGCAUUCAGUCUGCACGAAUUUUUCUCGCCCUUGGGUCGAGAAGUGCGACAGUCUCCCCUCAUAAUCCAUUCCGUGCAUUACUUCAUAUGCCUGCUACGUCUUUGCGGUCAGAAUCUCAGUCAACUCUGUUGGAGGAAGAACCGGCGCAGGAGGUGGAGACGAAAGUCAAGGAGUUAGUUGGCCAAGGAAAUACGACCACUCAGCAGACCCAGGAUAUUUCAAAUGUACCCCAAAUCCAUCGGCAGUCACUUCAGCUACCGACUAUUCAGAGACAGAUUCCUCCACUAUGA